GACAGAGAAAUUGAGAGGACUGCUAUGAGAAUGAUGAAAAUGGAUCCAAAAAAUGGGACAGCUACAUGGCUUGCCUUGGAGGAGGCCAGGGUAUCACUUUUAACAACUGAAGGUGGCCGGAGUGAGUGCAUAAAGGCUGUCGUAAUUCUCGUUACCGAUGAGGUUUCGAAUCCGCAUUCAAUGUCAAAAGAAACAAUUAAGCAAGCCGAGCUAUUGAAAAAGAGUUCGAGUUACGAACCGGGAAUUGGUGCACCAACUGUCAUUCUUGUAGAACUUCCAAAGGAAAAAGAAAAAGUUGGCCUAGCUGGCCUAGUUGAACGCACAUUGACGGAAAGAGAAUUUGCAGCGAUACCAUCAAAGCCAGAGUAUCGUUUCAAACCCGGAACUUUCGAUGACCUCGAAAAAAGCGUAAUUCCUUUACCCAGAUGCCAGGAUUUAUGAGCAGACACUAGAGAGGUUAAGCUACACGUAUUUAACAAAACUUGAACGUGAACUUCAAUGCGCGCGCAGAUAAAUGACGUCAGAUUUGUUUAUUUCCUGUGGGCCAGCGUGAAGUUUACAGGUUUUUACAUGAAAUUAUCAUAUUCGUG